AUGAAGAGAUAUCCCUGCCGGCAGUGUGAUCGUUCGUUCAACACCUCCCACAGCCUUCGACGACACAUCCGUACCAACCAUAACAGCUUUAAGAGAACCUACACCUGCUGGUACUGCACGGAUGAAAAGCACUUUUUCGCCAAGCGUUUCCUGCUGGAGAAACACAUCAACUUAAUGCACGGCAUCAGGAACCCAGACUUCAGCCAGAUGCCCAAAGCUGUUGCCAUAGGCGGAGACUCAACAGAGAGUUUAACCGUCAAACGGGUGCCAAUCGAGUCUGAGGGGGACGAGCCAGCCAGCUCUGACUGUGAGGCCACGACUCCCAAGAAGCUGAAGGUCGCUGUGUCUAAGCAGCACAGAUGCUCCAAAUGUGGCUACGAAACCGAGGACAACGCAACCUUCCUGGGGCACAUAGCUCAGCACAAGACAGACGGCAGCACCUUUCAGUGUCCGCAGUGCGGCCUGUGCUACACCUCGGCCCUCUCCCUCAACAGGCAUCUAUAUAUCGUCCACAAAAUCAAGGAGACGGAGGAGAAGCCGGAACCCGAUUUGGUGAAUGAAAACGGGCAGGAAGAACACAAUGGGCAGCCCAACACUACAGAGGAGGACGACAAGGAGGAGGAGGAGGUGGGCUCUGGGCUGCAGUGUCGAGUCUGCAAAGGAGAAUUUGACACUGAGACAGCAUUGAGCGCUCACGUGCGGACUCACGGGAUGCGGUUUAUAAUGUCCCAGCAGAACGGAGGAGCGGAGCAAUGACUGCAGCACGCGGAGUAGAAGAGAAUCUUUUUAAUCCUCCUUCAUCCCCGAGUGGCUGCGCGGAGCCCCGGGAGGCUGCCGGCCUUCAUGGAGUCAUAAGACGGUAACUUUAUUUUUAAGCAACAAGUGGUACUCGUUGAAAAUCAGUGGCCGAGGCACUCACUCUCCCAGCCCUCGAAUCACCACCAGAGCAAAGCCAGUGCAGGAUCAAACCCUCCUGUAUGUUUUGUUAAACGAAAGGAACUGUCCUUGUGUCAAAGCUGUUAAGUAUUGGUUUGGGACAACCCAAUGCACAGGGAAAGCAAACCAGGCGACACUUCCUGGGUCUUCCCGUCUGAACAAGGUUUGUAAUGAGUUACUCUGAGGUCCCAGUGACCCACAGUCUCUCACUGUGAGCUCGCCAACC